AUGGCCAUUGAGAAGAAGCACGGCAAAGGUCGUUUGGACAAAUACUACUACCUCGCCAAAGAAAAGGGCUACCGCUCGCGUGCCGCCUUCAAGCUCGUUCAGCUCAACAAGAAGUACGGUUUCUUGCAAAAGUCAAGAUGCUUGAUCGAUCUGUGUGCCGCUCCUGGUGGUUGGCUGCAGGUCGCCGCAGAAACCAUGCCCAUCAAGUCUCUGAUUGUUGGUGUUGAUUUGGCUCCCAUCAAGCCCGUUCCCAAAACAAUCACUUUCCAGGGAGAUAUUACCACCGACAAGACUCGCGCAAUCAUCCGUGGACAUCUCAAGACCUGGAAGGCUGACACUGUCAUUCACGACGGUGCUCCCAACGUCGGUACCGCCUGGGUUCAGGAUGCUUUCAGUCAAAACGAGCUGGUCUUGCACUCUCUGCGUCUUGCUUGCGAUUUCCUCGGUCCUGGUGGAAACUUUGUCACAAAGGUUUUCCGUUCCAAGGAUUCCGCAAAGCUCGAAUGGACCUUCAAGCAACUCUUCGACAAGGUCGAGCAGACCAAGCCCCCAUCUUCGCGUAACGUCUCGGCCGAAACUUUCUACGUCUGCCGUGGCUACAAGGCUCCCAAGAACCUCGAUCCCCGUUUCCUCGACCCCCAGUAUGCCUUCGCCGAAGUCAAGGACGCCGUUCCCAACAACGAGGCCAAGGUCUUCAACCCUGAAGUCAAAAAGAGAAAGAGAGAAGGUUAUGACGAGGGUGAUUGGACACAAUACCACGAAGUCCCCGUCAGCGACUUCAUCCAGACAACGGAUCCCAUUGCCAUUCUCGGUGGCAUGAACAAGCUUACUUUCAACCAAUCUGGAAAUGGCGACAUUGCUCUUGCUACCAUCGACAAGCUGCCCGAGACCACAGAGGAAGUUCGAAUCUGCUGUAACGAUCUCAAAGUCCUCGGAAAGAAGGAAUUCCGUCUCUUGCUCAAAUGGCGUCUUCAAGUUCGCGAACGUUUUGGCUUCGCUACAAAGUCGACUGAUCACAAGAAAGCCACCGAGGCCGAAAAGAAGGCAGCCGAAGCGGCGGACGAUGAAGAAGCUGCCGAGGUUGAGAGCAUGGACGAAGAGAUGAAACUACAGGAAGAGUUGCAAAACAUGAAAGACAUGCAGAGCAAGGACAAGAGGAAGCUGCGUCGCAAGGAGAACGAGAAGAAGCAAAAAGAAAUCGUCCGUCUACAGAUGAACAUGACCACACCAAUGGAAAUUGGUAUGGACCAGGCCGGUCCCAACGGCGAGGACGCCAUGUUCCAGCUCAAGGCUGUCGACAAAGCUGGUCUUACUGGAAAGUUGCAAAAGGGCAAGAUGCAAGUCGUGCCUGUGACUGAGAAGAAGGAUGACGAGUUCGAUCUUGAAUACACCGACGACGAGCUGGGCGAUGGUCUCGAAGGUGAACUCGACCAGAUGUACAACCAGUACACGGAGAAGCGCGAAGCACGAGACGCAAAGUUGCGUGCUAAGAAGGCCAGAAAGGAACGCAACGAGGAUGGCGAGUUCGAGGGCUUUUCAAACGACGAAGAGGCAGACAGCGAAGACGACGCUCCUGCCAUCGAAUACGACAGUGACUCUGAUGAAGACGAAGAGACUGGCCAACUUAUCACCGACCUCGACAACUCCGCCGCGCCUGCGAACGGCCUCACAAAGCGCGCCGCCAACUUCUUCGACCAAGAUCUUUUCAAAGAUAUCGAUGGUCUGGACGGCCUAGAAGACGAAGAGCCGAUCAAGGAUCUUGACAGCGGUAUCGAGAUGGACUCAUCCUCGGCCUCACCACCUCUCAAGGCCGAGAAGCCUGUGGCCAAACCCGCAAAGGUCGAGAAGCCCGUCAAGGAGAAGAAAGAGAAGGCAACAAAAAAGUCGAAGGUGCCGACACCAGCCGAACUUGCCGCCGAAGAAGCAGCCUACGAGACCGACGACUCCUCAGACGGUGGCUUCGAGAUUGUCAAGAACACACAAUCCCAAUGGGACAAGGACGAAGAUGCCAUUCCCCUCAAGAAUGGCCGUCCCAACAUCGAUAUCAUCACCGCCGAAGCAAUGACUCUAGCCCAUCAACUCGCAACAGGUCAAAAGACAAAAUACGACCUCAUGGACGACAACUUCAACAAAUACUCACUCCGCGACGUAGACGGCCUGCCGGAAUGGUUCCUCGACGACGAAGGCAAGAACUCCAAACCUCACCGUCCCAUCACCAAAGAAGCCGCUGCCGCCAUCAAAGAGAAAAUGCGCGCCUUCAACGCCCGCCCCAUCAAAAAGGUUCGCGAAGCCAAAGCCAGAAAGCAAUUGCACGCAGCACAAAAACUCGAGAAACUCAAGCGCAAAUCUGCUCUGCUCGCCGAGAGUGAAGAUGUAUCUGAGAAGGACAAGGCAAACAAUAUUUCAAAGAUUAUGGCUAGAGCGGGCAAGAGCAAGAAGAGAAAGCCUGUGCAGGUCGUUGUUGCUGGUAAGGGUAAGCAUCGUGGUCAAGGUAGACCUGGCGGUGUCAAGGGCAAGUACAAGAUGGUUGAUGCUAGAUUGAAGAAGGAUGUCCGGGCCGAGAAGAGGUUGAAGAAGAAGAUGGGCAAGAAGUAG